AUGAGCCCAUCUACUUUAACUGUCUCCGCCAUCAGCCACCCAACGUUCUUCAUCCCUACUUACCACAUCGCUCACAUAACACGUCGGAUCACCUCCACAGCCAAUAUCGACCCACCCGCCACCCUCCUGGGCAACCGGUGGAUGGAAUUCCAAGGCGCAAACAACUGGGACGGUCUACUCUACCCCCUUAACCCUACUCUCCGAGCCGAGAUACUCCGCUACGGCAGCUUUGUCCAGGCCGCAUACACCUGCUGCGAGCUUGACCCUUUCUCCUCUUCCUACGCGACCUGCCGCUUUCCCAAGCAUUCCCUCCUUCGUCUCUCCGGCCUCCCCUCAUCAGGCUACCGUGUUACCCGCAAUCUCCACGCCACCUCAACCUCCAGCCUCCCUCGCUGGGCCGCCGACGCCGCCCCCUCAUUUAUCUCUCGCCAGUCCAGCUGUAUUGGCUUCGUAGCCGUAUGCAAUAAUGACACCGAACUCUCUCGCCUAGGUCGCCGGGAUGUUGUCAUCUCCCUCCGUGGCACCGUAACAUUCCUGGAAUGGCUUGACAAUCUGCAUGCCUCCCUCACUCCCUUCUGUAGUACGAAACCUGAACGCUCCGAGCACAAGCCCAUGGUCGAGCGCGGGUUCUUGAACCUUUUCACUUCUUCUAGCCCCGAAUACCACAGUCUUCGCGAUCAGAUCCGCAAAGUGGUCCGCUGCCUCCUUAAUGAAUUCGAUAGUGGUCCAGCGAUCAGCUUCACGUUCACGGGCCACAGCCUUGGGGCAGCGCUAGCCGUUUUGGCCGCUGAUGACGUAAAGGCAAUGGUUGGCCGUACUGGACCGAUGGUGACCGUAGUAUCGUUUGGCGGGCCGCGGGUUGGAAAUGCCAGUUUUGGGCAUAGAAUGGAGGCGAAGGGAAGUAAGGUUCUCCGAAUUGUUAAUACAAAUGAUAUCAUAACCAAGGUUCCGGGCUUCGUCCAUAAUUCAGAGAAGGAAGGGUUGGCGCCAAAUUGGCUGCUUUCCAAGACUGGGUGGGUGUACGCUGACAUUGGGCGGGAGCUUCGGCUCCGCGGCAGCCGGAACGCAAAUGUGGUGGCUUGCCAUGAUCUUAAACACUACCUGCACCUCGUGAAUCAGCUUAGCGACGCGUGUCCAAACUUUACGUCUGAGGAAGAAAACCCGAGAAAAUGGCGUGGGCCGGUGUUUGUGGCCGGCGAUGUUUGUUGA